AUGGCAUCGGACCACGAGAGUAAGCAGGUCGCAAAGCCCUCCAUCGACACCCUCAUCUCCACCCACGACUUCGAAGCCGUCGCAUCGCGCACCCUUCAACCGAAGACCUGGGCCUUCAUCUCCUCGGCCGCCACGGACCUCGUCACGAAGCAGAGAAAUGUGACGGCCUACGCCGACAUCACUCUUCGCCCACGCACCCUCCGUGAUGUCUCGCACGUUGACCUAUCCACUUCCAUGCUCGGCCAUGGCCUGCGCGUCCCCCUUUUCUGUAGCCCCGCAGCCAUGGCCGUCCUCGUUCACCCCGCUGGUGAGAAGGCCAUCGGCACUGCCUGCAAGGCCUCGGGAAUCGCCCAAUGCGUCUCCACCAGCGCCAGCUACCCCCUGCGGCACAUCACCGCGGCCGUUCGUGACCACCCCGUCGACACUCCGCACGAUAUGCCCGUCUUCUUCCAGCUCUACGUUGACAAGAACCGGGAGAACACUCGGAGGCUCAUCCAGGAUGCCGUCGAGGCCGGCGCCAAAGCCCUCUUCCUCACCGUCGACUGCCCGGUGCCCGGUAAGCGUGAGGCCGACGAGCGUGUCCAAGCCGACGUCGCCGUCACGUCUCCACUCUCGGGAGCCACGGCCGGCCACGACUCCAAAGGAAGCGCGCUCGGCCGUACCAUGGGACGAUUCAUCGACCCCGCCCUCUCCUGGUCUGACAUUCCGUGGAUCCGAAGCUGUGCCCCUGGUCUGCCCCUCGUCCUGAAGGGCAUCCAGACAAGCGAAGAUGCUGUCCUCGCCAUGCAGGCCCGAGUCGACGGCAUCGUCGUCUCCAAUCACGGCGGCCGCAGCCUCGACACGACCCCUGCCGCCAUCCUGAUCUUGCUGGAGCUUCGAAGAAACUGCCCCGACCUCUUUGACCGCAUGGACGUCUAUGUCGACGGCGGAAUCAGCCGUGGGACCGACAUCUUCAAGGCCCUAUGUCUCGGAGCCAAAGCCGUUGGCAUCGGUCGCGGAACAUUGUUUGCUGUCAACUAUGGUUACGAGGGCGUUGUCCGAUACAUCGAAAUUUUGCGGGAUGAGCUAGAGACGACGAUGAAGCUUUGCGGUGUCACCAGCCUUCAAGAGCUCCACCCCGGAUACUUGAACACUCUCGCCGUAGACCAUCUCAUCCCUCCCAAGCCCAAGGCGCCGGCCUCCGCUUCCAUCAAUAGUCGCUUAUGA